AUGUGGUUCUUAAAGCUUCAGCUAUUGAUCUUACUAAGUGCAGGCUUGCUAGCCAUUCAAGCUGCUCCUGCGGAAGUAGCGGAUGAAGUAACACAUCCUCCUCCCGAACAGCUGCAGACAGAAUCCCGAUCUCGCAAGGACGAUGUCCUGGACGUAGAGGACGACCUGGAUGGACGCAGUGCUUAUGUGAAUAACCAGUUUGUUCCCAGCGAGCCGGUGGAAGUGGUGGACGAUGAGCAGAAUGCCCCGCUCUACGAGAUUCUUCAGAAGCAAAUGGAGCAGGUCCUGGCCUCCACAAGUCCCAAUGAUCCAAUCUAUGAGCAACGCGAAAAACAGGAGCGUCGCGAUCAGCAGCAGCCACCCCACCAAGCACCCCUAUUUUCUGGAGGAAAUCGGGAGGAUAACGAUCUGCAGGACGAUUACGACGACGAGGAGGAUCAAACAGACCAGGGAUAUCCGGAUGACCCUGAGAAACCAGACGCAGUGCCUGCUUCUGAGGAGGAGGAUCAGCCAGAAUCCGGCUACCAGGCACCACAGCUGAACAAACCCAUCAGUACCACUCGUAGGCCCAACAAAAGACGAACCACGUCUCAUCCCAGAACCUCGAGGCCAAAGUCCUCCGUUUCAUCCAGGACUACUGCAGCUCCGUUGAAUCAAACCAGCACCACCGAGUCACCAAUAACUAGCAGUACCACCACCACCCACCGCCCGAAGACCACCACAACUUCCAAGCCUAACAGCCUUCCCAGUGAUCCUCAGGUGUACCAGCACAAGCGGCGCAUCAUCUUCAAGACCAUUUCCACGGGCUCCCAGUUUGUCAACUCGCCCAUUGGCGACCUCAUGAUCAAGUUCUCCAUCGGAUUUGCCAAGCCAACUGCUCCAGGUGCAGUUCCUAAUCCCUCAAACGAGGCACUUCGGGCUCUAUCCAAUAACAUUUUAAGAAAUCUUGAACUUCAAAAGCUAAAGAGAGCUAAUAAAUUGCAAAAGGAAUAA